GCGGGUCUCCCGCCACGCAGGAUGGCGGCGAGAAGGGGCGGAACGAUCGUGAGCCGGAAUAGGGGACGCAGGACUCGGAGCCCGGCCGGAGGGGGAGUAGAGGCGCACCGCUGGCCGCGUCGGGGAGCCAUGUUGGCCGCGGCGGCCCGGGCGGGCCGGGGUCUGUGCCGGGCUUGGGCGGCUCCCGGAGGCGCCCAUCUGAGUUCUUGGCUGCCCCAGACGGUUCCAUUCAGAGGAAGUCACUGGCAGAGCUCACUGCUGGCAUUCAGGGCAUUGCUCCCUGUCAGAGCACAACCAAAGAAGAAGAAGAAAGUGGAUGUUAGGAGAGAGCAAGCACAGAAGGAUCGUAUGAAAAAGAAGAUUAAAAAGUUGGAAAAAGCAGCUCCAGAACUGAUUCCAAUCGAGGAUUUUAUACCACCACUUAAAUACUCAGAUAGCAGCAGGGUGAGAAAUCUUCCCCCCCUGUCCUUUGAGGAGACUGAAAGACGAGUUUUACUUUUGAAAAAGUGGUGUUUGUUUAAGCAGAAACAAGAUAAGACAGAAAAGAAAGCAAUCCAGAGCCUUGUACAAGCUCAGCAAGAGGCACUAAGGGAACUUCAGCUUGAAUCUGAGGAGCUGUAUCAGGCAGCAAUCAGAAGAGAUGAGGGGCUUUUCCCCUUUGAGAGAGAUGGACCUAAUUAUACCCCACCACUUCCUGGUUAUGAUCCUCCUGAAGGAAAAUGUGUUGAUAUCACCAAAGUGUAUACACAGUGAUGGAGUUUGUUGUUCAUCUGCCAUGAGCUACUCAGCUGCCUGAAGGAGGAAAGAAUGGAAUAGAAUAAACAAUGCCCUCUGGGGGCUAAAAUACUGUAGGUGUGUGUGAAUGAAAAAAAAAACCACAAAAACAUUUUUUGGUUGAAGUA